ACAGCUGUGGGUGGUGUCCCCAUGCAGGUGAAGGAGCUGGUCCUGGAUAACUGUCGCUCAGAGGAUGGCAAGGUGGUCGGUCUCUCCUCAGACUUUGAGAACCUGGAGUUCCUCAGCAUGAUCAACAUCAACCUGCUGUCCGUGUCCAACCUCCCCAAACUCAACAAGCUCCGGAAGCUGGAGCUGAGUGAUAAUAGGAUUUCUGGUGGCCUUGAAGUUCUAGCAGAGAAAACUCCCAACCUGACACACUUGAACCUAAGCGGCAACAAGAUCAAAGACAUCAAUACCCUGGAGCCCUUGAAAAAGUUGCCAAACCUCCACAGUCUGGACCUGUUCAACUGCGAGGUGACGAUGCUCAUCAACUACCGGGAGAGCGUGUUUGCCCUCCUGCCCCAGCUCACCUACCUGGAUGGCUUUGAUGCUGAUGAGCAGGAAGCCCCUGACUCAGACCCCGAAGCAGAUGGGGAUGCACUGGAAGAUGACUAUGAGAAUGGGGAAGAAGGCGAGGAAGAGGAGGAUGAUGAGGAGGAGGACGAUUUGGAUGAAGAAGUCAUUGAUGACGAGGAAGAUGAAGACGAUGAUCUGGAAGGUGAAGAGGAGGAGGAUGGAGUAGAUGAUGAGGAGGAAGAUGAGGAGGAAGAUGGUGAGGAAGAUGAAGAAGAUGAAGCUGAGGAGGACCAUCCGUGUGGGGAGAAGAGAAAACGAAGUCUAGAGGAUGAAGGAGAGGAAGAUGCAGAGGACGAAGAGGAUGAUGAGGAUGACUGAUCCCAGCGAGCCAAUCAGUUUUACAGACUCUGACUGUGCUUGUCUUAACCUCCCCGUUGUGUCUGUGUGAGACUGUAAAUCCCUGUCUCCCACUCCUCCUCCUCCCCCUUUGUAUGGCUGCAGCGUCCACAAUAUAUUUUUUUAAGAUUUAGAAUACUGUAGGCAUUCAGGGGAAUCUUCCAUACAAGGCUCACUCUUUUCUCACAAGUAUCUCAUGACCAAAGGCUUUUCUCCGUUCGGUGGUUUGUGCAGCAGCUUGCAAAAAAAAAAAAAAAA